AUGAGGAGCGCCCUUCGCUGGUUCAACCCAACAAGUACCGAGGACCCAAGGGACCCGUCGACCCGGUCCACCGCCGCCGCCCACAACAGCGAGGACAGACGCACGCCCAUUAGAAGUGACUGCGCCAGCGCCGAUAAUAUUAGUUAUCGUGCGUCGGCGUCUUCGUCUGCUUCUGACCACGCCUUCGCCUCUCCUUCACCUGGCUCCUCCAAUUCUACUUCCCUCACCCCCAACUCGCCCUCCCCUCAACCCCUCACGCCCACCGACUCAUUUGACGUGCGUGAUUCCCGCGCAGGCCUCUGGUCCUCCAAGCCAAUCACCAUUGCCACACCCACCCGGGACCCUUCAGUAUCGUCUGCUUCAUCCUCUGUCCCCGCCAAAUCUAGCUUCGACAGAAAUCCCUUUCAGUUACCUGACGAGCUUCUCGAUUUUCCUCCUAUUCCUACUAAGAGUAUCGAUAUGACCACUGGCCCCGCGAUGGAUUCGGCGAUGGGUCGGAGUCGCCAGGACUCCUUUGUCAGCGCUGGCCCGAAGCCCAUUUCUAUGGCAAACCCCAACCGCGAUCAUGUUAAUCGCCAGCGACGCGAGAGUCUCGCUGGCAGCCUAAUGGGCGGCGCCAGCUGGGGAGGAAUGUCCUUCGGCAGUUUUAUUCGCGAUGAUAUUGCUAUGGCUGGUACAUCGCCUUUUGCCCACCAAGCAUCGCCUUCCUUCCACUCCGGGUCGUACUUGCCCAAGCUAGAGGCUAGCUUCAUGAAAGAUUUCACCUGCUGCGGCCUUAACCUGCCCAACCUCCACGAUCUGCUACAGCAUUACGAAGAGUCGCACACACAACCAAGUCCGAACACUGCACGCAACGCGCCUUUCUCGUCUCAGUAUGCCGCGAUACCUACACAAUCAUCAUCCAGAGCCAGCAGCGUGAGACCUCAGACACAGCAGCAAAACACAGCUUCUCUGUCGCAACUUGGUCAACAGAGCCGUCCAGGCUCCAACCUUGGUGGUGGUAUGGGAAGCCUUGGGAUGCAGCUUGGCCAGCAGAACAUGUCCGGGCAGCAGCUUAACCAGAUGUCGCACUUGGAUGAGAUGGACACGGUUGGCGAUAUGGAAAUGGACGAUACGCUUGGUCACAUGGAAAUGGAUGACAGCCAGAGGACAAUGUCCCAAACUCGCCAAAUGUUCGGCCAACAACAACGGCCUCAGCUGCACGUUAACGCCUCGGGCCUCACUCAGGGACUGCGUACAUCACAGCCACCCACUCCUGCAGCUGCAAGUUUUGGCCUGCAGCAUAAUCCCACCGUUUCCUCUGUCAACACGCCCACUCUUACUACACAGCAAACGCCUCAGCAACAACGCUCGAAUAACGGAUUUCUCCAGAACUCUCAAAUGCAGUCUAUGGACGACAUGGAUGAGGACCUACCGGGGAUGCCCAUGGGUGGCAAUAUGGAAUUGAACGGAUCAAACUUUGGGGAUGUGAACUUUGGCAAUGCCAGUUCAAACCCCGAAUUCUGUAUCAACGAUCCUGGCAAGCACUUAUUUAGCCCUGGUGGUGCGCUCACCAACCAGCAACGUGCAAUCCAGGCACAUCUUAUUGGAAUGGGCUUUGAUCCUAGCCAGCCCAACAGCCCGGCCAAUAAGGCUCUCAUCCAAAAGUUUGGCGCUAUGAUGAUCCCCGAAGAGCACAAGCCUUUUAAGUGCCCCGUUAUCGGUUGUGAAAAGGCAUACAAGAACCAGAACGGACUCAAGCCUCAACACAGAUAUCAUAAAACUCAUGGCCAUCAAACGCAACAGCUACACGAAAAUGGCGACGGAACUUUCUCCAUUGUUAACCCCGAAACCAGCACACCGUAUCCAGGUACUCUAGGAAUGGAGAAGGAGAAGCCAUUCUCCUGCGAUGUCUGUGGUAAACGCUACAAGAACCUCAACGGUCUCAAAUACCAUAAAGGACACUCCGCACCGUGUAACCCCGACUUCAAGUUCCUUGCUGCGGGGCUUAAUAACCUCGCUAACUUGCCGGGUCUCAUGGAAAACACGAUGUCUAACCUCCCCGGCAUCGGUGAGGACCAGAUGAUGUAG